UGGUUCUUCAAAAAAACACGCUCCACGCCCUCGAGUCAUACGCUCUAAAGUCUAAAUCCACAUUCCACGCCCUCGACGGGAGCAAACGAGAUCGUAUUCUCAAUACACUAAGCAUCGAGCUAGCGCUGCAAAUUCCGUCUUGUUCAAUUUCUUCACGCGAGACCGCAGACCGUACGGGCCUGCACAAGUUUUUGCCCUAUGCUAUAAAUCCACGUCCUACACCCUUGAUGGGAGCAGAAGAGAUAGUAGUUUUCUCAAUACACUGAAAAAGCAUCGACCUAGCGCUGCAAAAUCCGUCUAGUUCAAUUUCAUGGAUAACCCAAAGUUGCAAAAACUUCCUGUCAUCAACUUCGGCAAGGAGAAUUUGCAGCAUGGCACAAAUGGCUGGUCCUUCGCACGCAACGAAGUCCGCCACGCUCUUGAAGAGUGCGGUUGCUUUCUUGCUGUGUAUGAUGCAGUUUCUUUCAAGUUGAGGGAUUCAGUAUUUUCUGCGCUAGAAAAACUGUUCGAUCUUCCCGCGGAAACAAAAAAGAAGAACACUUCUGAUAGGGGUUUAUUUGGUUAUUUUAGCAUUGACGGUGACUCAUCUAAUCAUGAGAGCAUGGGAAUCGAAAAUUCAACCGACAUAGAAGAAGUCAAGAAAUUAUCUAAGCUCGUGUGGCCCCGAGGAAAUGAUGACAAUUUCAGUGGGAUUAUCCAUGAAUGUGCAAAUCUGAUGUCGGAGUUGGAAGAAGUGGUGAUUAGAAUGGUUUACGAAAGCUACGGGGUAGAGAAGCUGAAGUGUGAUUCUCACCUAGAUUCAAACAUGCACUUGCUUCGGUUCAACAGAUAUAUAUCGCAUGGAGUUGACGAGAAAACCGUCAGUUCUAAUGCUCAUACUGAUAAGACCUUCAUCACAAUUCUUACUGAGAGUCGAGAAAAUGGAUUGGAGGUAAAAUUGAAGGAUGGGCAAUGGGUCCCUGUUGAUUUCUUGCCUUCAUCAUUUGUUGUUAUGGCAGGAGAAGCAGCAAUGGUAAGGCCUGGAGCAACAGCAGAAUACAACCUUGUUUUCAUCGAGUUUUAACGAACGCGAAUGCAAAAAGAUUAUCAUUGGGGUUGUUCUCUUUCAAUAAGGGGGUCAUACACAUCCCUCAGGAGUUGAUUGAUGAUGAACAUCCACAGCGCUUUAAGUCAUUUGAUAACCUGGGAUUGCUCGAUUUCUUUCUCGAAGAAAAGCGAAUGGGCCUGCCAACUGAUUCUACCACCAAGAAAUAUUGUGGUCUUUGACUUUUGAAAUCUUUCUCAAAAUGUCACACACACACACACACACACACACAUAUACUAGUGAGAUGGCCUGCACUAUGCACGGGGGGACUAAUAUUUUCCGUGUUAAUCGUGUUUUAUUGUGUGGAUUUAUUAGUAUAAAUCUCUGUUAUUAUCCAAUGCAUGCACAUCAUUAGGGAAUUGUCGUUUUAUUAAAGGUUAACAAUUA